GGACGAUUGGAAGUAAGGUAGUCGCGACGAAGAACGUGAGGUGAAGAGCAGUUACCUCUAAAGGGUGACAAGACUCUUUUUUCUCCCAAAAACAACAAAAUUCAAAAGGCCUGGCCUGAAAAACAUCUCAAAUUUUCCAUAAUCAUAACUGGAAAAUGUUUAGGAUUACAGGCUGACCUCGAUAAGAACAUACACACCAAGAAUAAAACAUAGCUUCAUUCGCGAACGGCGAUUUGCUACUUUCCGCCCACUAUUUUCCUCACCCAGAAUACGUUGGUUCAUGCACACAAUAGGCAAAUCAGAUCGCGUAUUUUAUCUUCUCAGAUGUGUCGCUACGAAUGCCUUGGUUCCAUAAUUCUCUUGAUUCAAGAUAUCGGCGAUAAGAUCCGGUCUAAGAAGCCUCCACAUGUCUUACCAGGGUUGGGUUCCCAUUGUCGAAUGAGUCCCUGGUGGUCUUAGCGAUCCUCCAGCUCUAUUCCUAACACGAUCAUAGUUCAUCAACUCAGCAAUGCUCCACGAGAUCUUGCUGUCCCUCUCGGGACACCCGUCCCCUCUACUCAGGAACGACCAUACCGAUUCCAGAGCUCAGUCCAUCCUCUCACCAUCAGAGAGAGAAUUACUCAAGACAGCCGGGAAUCUAAGUGAUCUUCACUGCAAACUCAUAAGUUAUACUGCACAUAUCAGUGCGACACAUCCUUCUGUCAUAUGUCGCGCGGUAUCAACCUCUAUCAAUUCCCUUCACCUCAGCGCAUUUCAGAGGAAGGUGUUAGAAGUAGAAGACAAUGUUCUUCGAAAAGACCCUUCUAUUGUAUGCGCUUAUAAUAUUGUGCCCCUAACUGCGGUUAUUGGCCAAUUCUCGGGCUGGACUCGACGGAUGGAAUGGUUGUGGGAUUUGGUUCAGUUUAUUCUCAAAGAGAAGGGAAGCUCACCUUGCCAGGCAGCACAGCUCGUUAACAGAUUACGUGAUGGGCUUCAGACUGGCUACGCCGACAUUGAGGAGACGGCGCAGAGUCUCGUCAAAGUUUCUGAAGCUGCCUGGUUGAAGCAGGUUUCGGCCUGGGUUCUCUACGGCCGAAUACCUGCAAUGGGGGGUAAAGACUUCUUCAUUCGAAAGGACGAGGAUGACGAACAGGGGUAUUCUAUUAACCAUAAGUUGCUACCAUCCUUUGUAACCCCAUCUACGGCCACGUCAAUUUUAUUUAUCGGAACCUCGUUGAAUCGUGUAAAAACGGGGAGUAGCAUAAACUCGAGUAACGACGGGCUUAAUCAAUUCUCCUCCCAACUUCAGACCCUCGGAGGUCUAACCUCUCCUCUCAAUAGUGCAGCCUUAUCGAGGGCUAUUACUACAAUCCGGCUAACAUUAUCUCGAACAACGUUGCAGAAGCUCUUGCCAUUAAGUAAAGUCCUCGAGAUACUUAAUGUGUUCCGGGAUUUCUUCUUACUUGGUCGUGGCGAAUUCGCCAUGGUUCUCACACAGCAAGCUGAUGAGAUAAUUAGCAACCGCUGGCGGCGUGCCGACAACCUUGCCUACGAGAAAAGGCACGGACUCGGCAAUGUGAUGGUUAAGGAAGGCGAAGUAUCCGCUGUUCUCACCAAGACAUGGACGACAUUGGGCUCGAUGCAAAACCAGCACGCGGACGAAGACGAAGGGCUUGAAGUUGCGAGGGACUUGUUACGGCUGAACUUAUCGAAGACCAAAGCAUCGACGCCUGUUAAGUGCAGCGUUGGUACCGGCAAUCAGUCGUCUAGCAAUAUUACCAGUACCCCAUUUCGAAAUCUCCUUUUCUCCGUUCCUGUAAUUCUCACAUUACAAAUUCCACCACCGCUGGAUUUAUUCUUGACCGCAUCCGACGUGCAGACUUAUACCGCGAUUAAUUCUUACCUCCUUUCCAUUCGCCGCUCUCACCUUCAUCUCACAGAUCUAUGGAAAAUAUCGCCUCUCCGUCGUCACCACCCAUCAGCCCCUCGACCUCCAUACAGCACUACAAAAGGUGGUAUCGCAAGAACACGACUCCUCCGUGAGCGUUGGUCUUCUCGCUCGUCGGCGAUGCGAAGUGCAUGGAGUACGAGCAGUGCCGUGAUAUUUUUCCUAGCUGAAACUGAAGCUUACCUUCAAGUUGAUAUUGUGAAAGGUCUCUGGGACGACUUUCAUGACUGGCUUACGGAUAAAGGAGAACACAGAAAACAACAUAGUCGGUCACAAUCCUCAUAUGAGGACCAACCGGGUAGUGUCGGAGAUUCCUCUGACGCAGAUGCGACACCACAAACUCAAAAACAACAAAACCCCAAACACGACCCCCAAACCCUCUCUACAGCUCACCGCCUAUACUUGCGCGCCCUUACUCGCCGCCUCCUCCUCGCGCAGUCUACUUGGACAGACGCAUUAUACGAUCUUCUCGUACACGCAGACCGUCUAUCAACCCUAAUCCGCCGCCUCCAAAGCGUCUGGGCCGCAUCCGACCUAGAAGCCGACGAAGGCGUAGUAGACGCCUUCGCGGACCUAGCUACCGAAGAAGCAGAUGUGCGCCGCGAUGUGCGGGCCGCAGGGGAGGAUGUUAAGAACGCGGUGGCGAAAACAUUAGCUGCGCUACGGGGCUUGAGUUUGGAUUCCGCGUUUACGGCGGGAGUUGGGGAUAAAGGAGGUGAUGGGGAUAUUGAAGACGAAGAUGACGCGGAGGAGAUGAGUGGUGAUGAUGAGGAUGGCACAAAAUACACCCCUCGGAGGACUGGCGGAAUCGAUAGGUUGUUGAUGAAGCUUGAUUUCGGCGGGUGGUUUGAUGCUGGGAGGGGAGUGGCGUUUCAGGGUGUCGGGGAUGAGGAUGAUGGGUUUUGAUUAGAGGUGGGUGGAUGGAUGAGGCGAAGUUGUAGAUU